GUUGAAUCUCUUGGUUUCAGCGUUGUUGGAAGGAGCACCAAACCAACCCAAGUAGCGUUUGCGCCUUCGAAAUUCAUUGGCGUGUUAAAAUAAAAGCAAUUGGUUGGUUGAUUCGCAGAGAAAGAGAAGAAGCCAUCGCAUGAAAAAUUGAACCAUGAAGGGAUGGGAUGGGAUUCAAUCUACUUUCUCUUCGCGAUCGAGUUCCACGUUGGGCCAUCAAACUACCUCUCGAACGGUUCGACUCGGCCGAGUUCAGCCUCAGGCUCCCACUCACCGCACCAUCUUCUGCAACGAUCGCGAGGCCAAUCUUCCCAUCCGAUUCAAGGGGAAUUCUAUAUCAACUACCAAAUAUAACUUCUUCACCUUUCUGCCAAAAGGAUUAUUUGAACAGUUCAGACGGGUGGCUAAUCUCUACUUUCUUACAAUCUCAAUUUUGUCAACCACACCAAUUAGGUAUGUAAAUACUAGUCAACUUCGCAGUUAAAAGCUUAUUUUGCAAGUUGCAAGCAUUAUUGAGAUAAGUAAGCAAUUAGUACUCACUGGAGGGGCAUAGUACCAUCUUAAUUUUUCAUGAAAAAUUAUCUUCUUCAGUUGACUGCUAUCUUAUGGCAAGGGUGGUAUUAGAUCUUGAAUACUUAGGUGCCUUUUAUUAGAGUGAGUAUUUUUAUGGAUAAGAUGCAUUGUGGCUACAUUGGAUCUUAAUCUUCCUCAAUGGGUCUAAUAUGGGAAUUUAUUUUUUGUACUUCAUGCAUGGUUGAUAUAGGACAAUGAAAGGUUUAGGAUUUAAUGGUUUGCAUUCAGGAUUUUCUAUGGUUAAUUCAUGGUGGAAAUUGGUGCAUUGAAGGUUCAUUGGGUAAUCCGAGGAUUAGUGUUGUUUGGAAGCCAUUGAACAGGUUUAAGGGUCAAAUUCGUGGCUAUUAGAAAGUUGUGUAGAAUACCUGCAAGGCAAUGACAUUAGAAUUUGGGGUUGGGAAAAAUUAAGCAAGAGAUAGCUAGGGUUUUUGAUAGCACCAGAAUGAUAUGCUA